GACAGCGUAAUUUUGUUCAGAGCCCGAUUGGAGACCCCUUUUUCUUCGCGUUAUUGUCAUUUUCCCACUUCCAGACCCUUCUCUUUUUCCCCCUCUCUUCGUCACUCUCCGAACCCUACCCCUUCGAUUUCCGAACAAAUCGCACAUAAGAAUCGAUCGAGAAAAAAAAAAUGCAGCACCCGAGGUUGAAGCAGCAGCAGCAGCAGGCCUUGAUGCAACAAGCUGCUCUCCUCCAACAGCAAUCCUUGUACCACCCCGGCCUCUUGGCCGCUCCUCAGAUUGAGCCUAUCCCAAGUGGAAAUCUGCCUCCUGGGUUUGAUCCAAGUACAUGCCGCAGUGUGUAUGUGGGAAACAUUCACACACAAGUGACAGAACCUCUCCUUCAAGAGGUCUUUUCAAGUACUGGCCCGGUUGAGGGUUGCAAGCUUAUUAGAAAGGAGAAGUCAUCCUAUGGAUUCAUUCAUUACUACGAUCGCAGAUCAGCUGGGCUUGCCAUACUGUCUCUUAAUGGAAGGCACCUGUUUGGUCAGCCUAUCAAAGUUAAUUGGGCAUAUGCUGGUGGUCAAAGGGAAGACACGUCAAGUCACUAUAACAUUUUUGUUGGUGAUCUCUGCCCUGAGGUUAAUGAUGCUAUGCUGUUUGCAUGUUUCUCUGUGUAUCCCAGUUGCUCAGAUGCAAGAGUUAUGUGGGAUCAGAAGACUGGUCGGUCAAGAGGGUUUGGAUUUGUUUCUUUCCGGAAUCAACAGGAUGCUCAAAGUGCCAUUAAUGACUUAACUGGAAAGUGGCUUGGGAGUAGGCAAAUACGUUGUAACUGGGCUACAAAAGGUGCUGGAGCUAAUGAUGACAAGCAGAGCUCUGAUGCCAAAAGUGUGGUGGAACUGACAAAUGGCUCUUCAGAGGAUGGUAAAGAGGCAGCUAAUAAUGAUGUGCCUGAGAAUAACCCCCAAUACACCACUGUCUAUGUCGGCAACCUAGCUCCGGAGGUCAGUCAGCUUGAUCUGCAUCGCCACUUCCAUGCUCUUGGGGCUGGAGUGAUCGAGGAAGUUCGCAUCCAACGUGAUAAGGGCUUUGGUUUUGUGAGGUACAGUAACCAUGCUGAGGCAGCUCUGGCCAUACAGAUGGGUAAUACACCGUCCCUUUUCUUUGGCAAGCAAAUCAAGUGCUCAUGGGGUAGCAAGCCAACUCCACCCGGAACAAGUUCAAACCCCCUUCCUCCACCUGCAGCUGCACCUAUUGGAGGACUUUCAGCUGCUGACCUUUUGGCCUACGAGCGGCAACUGGCAAUGAGUAAAAUGGGUGGGGUCCAUGCCUUGAUGCAUCCACAAGGGCAGCACCACCCUCUUAAGCAGGCAGCCAUGGGAUUGGGUGCUGCCGGAGCUAGCCAAGCUAUUUAUGAUGGUGGCUUUCAGAAUGUUGCUGCUGCGCAGCAGCUCAUGUACUAUCAGUGAUGUCAAGAUUGAAUGUGCAUUAUGGGUGAAGCUGUAGUUUUCCGGCCGUUGCACGUCUUUUUUAAGUUUCCAAACUUCUAGGGAGUUUCUAUUGUUUCACUUCUUUUUUUUUUUUCCCGAGUAGUGGGGUUGUUAUCAACCUACUAUUAUAUGUGCUUAUUACCAUAUUGAUACGUACUAUGUAUGUUUUUUUCGCUUUCUAGUAUUAUGGAGAGAUGAGUGGUAAUGUUAUUACUUGUUGGCUGUUUAGUGCAGUUAUUGGUAUAUGUUUUGAAAGGUCUUCAAAA